CAAGCCCUAACGCUUCUUGGCUUGCUUCGGUUCACACCGAAGCCACGAUUAAGGCAGCCAAUCGAAAGGCGCCUUGCGGCUCCAAGCACUGCAACUGUACCUUCAGCCUCAACCUGGAAAUUGCGCGGUGUAGCUAGCGCCGAAUGUGGGCCUUGUCUUGUAGACGAUGGACCAGCGGAGCCACGAAGGCCAAGAGACGAGAGAAGGUAAGGGUCGGUGAGGCAGUUCGUUAUGCCUGAGGGCGACUUCAUAUACCGGUACGAUGCCCUUCCCGCUUAGCUUGACAUCUUCAUUAUCAUCAAGCGGCAUUUGAUCCUUUCGCUUCGUCUUAUAAAGUCUUUUCACACUGUUCUUUUUGAAUUUCGUAUAUAUUCUUCAGUGAUACCCCUUUCUUGGUUUUGCAUCGUCCUACUGCGGUCACUCCUCAUCGAUACCCAGAGCAAUGCGCCGCUUCGCAAUAAGCGCAAUCCUCCUAGCCGCAUCCCAGGUGGUCAGCUCUGCCGUCGUCGAUGGAAGAGAUGGCCUUCUAGCGCGAGAGGAGGACCGAGAGAUGGACUAUCUCAACGAGGCCGUGUUCCUCUCUGAAUGUCAAAAACUCAAGAAAGGAACCAACGAGCAAGUCGCUCUAGAGGACUUCCUCCUUUACUUCCCCGUCUACGAUUAUGUCAGGUACAACAACAGUCUCGACAUAGGGGAUGUCGCCACAGCACCGUUCCCCAAAAGCCAGCGCGUAGACGCCAUGGGCACCCACGUCGACUGGACACUGGCAACAGGGGACGACAAAAUCACAGCAAAGUUCCCAACUAUAGGCCGGACGUUCAGCGUCUGGGACCUCGACGACGAAGGCGACCCAGACACCAACGUGACAGGCGUCGCAGACCUAGGAGGCAAGGGCAUGCUGUGCUACGACGAACCAUGGAGCUUCAAGAUGGACCGCAACGGCUGGGACUACAAGUGCCACGCGCCAUACUACUGCACGCGCGAGCGCCGCAUGAUCCGCCGCACCGUCUUCGACAUCUACGAAACGACCACCGCCGUGGAGAUCGAGGGGCUUCCGAAGAGGAAGAACGGCGGCAAGCUCGACGAGCGCAUCGAAGGCAUGGUCGGCAACGCCUUCUUCUACCUGCAGCUCGCGGACCGCGAUGGCGUCGGCGGCGCCUACGAAUACGCCAUCGACUUUCGCCUGAAGAAGCACACGAUCCGCUUCGACAUCCAAAAGGGGCAGCGCGAAGGCGACCCCAAGUACGACGCCGAGCGCAUCAAGCUGAUCUCCGAACAUCUAUACGAAGUCGUCACGCCGGAGAUCGUGAAGAAAGUGAAGACGAAAACUUGCUAUGGUUCGAAUACGUGCAUCUACACCGUGCCGUUUCCCUCGCAGAUCAAGGUCCAGGUCCAGACCGCGCUGCAGGAGCAGCUCAACUGGCAGCCGACGGAUGUCAUUGAUAUAUAUGUGGACGUCAAGGAGAAUGCGGAGUGUGGCAAUGAUGCGGUGUUGGCGAAGACGCUGUCGGGCUUGUUUGCGGGGAUUGCGGCGGUGGCUACUGGGGGGUAUAGUGCGGCGGCGAGUGUUCUGGGGGGUAUUACUGGCGGGUAUCACACUGCGGCUUGCCUUGGUUAAUGGUGUGUAGCUUGGAUGUAUUUAAC